CAAACAUGGCUACCCUAGCAACCACACGCUGCGCUGAUAAACAUUGCUCGCAGGGAGAGGGAGACUCCAGCCCUGUCCAGCAGCCCUGCUCAUCACCUCCUGUCAGCAGUGAGGAUCAGAAGCUCGCAAGGCCGAAUGUUGCGCAGUUUCUCAGGGAGGCCGAGAGAAAUAGGAGGGAGAUUGAAAAGUUGGAGAAAGAGAGAACACUGAGUGUCCAGUGCAGAAAGAAUGGGUGGACUGAUGUGCCUGGAGAACUAGAAGAGUAUGAGAAAUUGCUGGAGGAAGAAAGAAAUGCUGAGAAAAUCCAUCUUCAAAAGCAGCUAGUGAAGAUUCAUAACGGUGUGAAGAAAUUUCAGAGACAGCUAAUAGAUGUGAAGCCGACUCCUGAGUUGAUUGAAAGACUGAAGGAAAUAAUGACAGAGGUGGAAAUCUCCAUUAACAACCUAAAGGAGGAAGAGCGGUCAUGCGUUGAGGAACUCUUGAAAGAAGAGAGGACAUGCAGACAGGAGAUCACGGCUUAUGAGAAAAAGAUUGAAAACCUGAGCCUUGCUGUCAAAUCAGACCUUAAACUACACACAGCUCCCACUGUUAAGACCAACCUCCCAGCAGAGGUCCUAGCAGUGGAGGUAUUCCUGCUGAAGACAGGAGGCCUGUGCGGAGGCUGGGACAAAUAUGACCACCAAACCUUCCUUAAAGUCUGGACAAAGCACAGCGGGCAACAAGUCUACAGGAAAGAGGCCAAACUGUACCUGCCUGGUAAAACAUUGGAGGAGAUAGAGCAACACGAGGACUGGCAUCAGGAGCUGAUCUACCUACAGGACAGUAAGAGAGAGGCCAUUCAGCGGUGGAAAGACAGCAAACAUCAGAAACGCCAGAACAGAAUACAGAGUCAGGAGGCAGAAGAGGCAGAAAAGAGUGAGAGGGAGGCCAAAGUCCAGGCUAAGCAACACAGGACUGAGCAGGAGAGAAGGGAGGCAGAGUUGCAACUGGAGAAGUGGAGGGAAGAAAAGCAAAGGAUCGAGGAACAGGAAGAAGAGCAGAGGCUGGCUGAGGAGACACAAAGAGGAAAAAGGCAAAGGGAAGAGCGGCGCCGGCAGAUGGAAGUGAAGCUGAGCAUUGAGGAGCAGCUGCGACUGAAGAAAGAGGAAGAGGAGGAGCAGUGGAGGAGGAAGAGAGAGAAGGAACAGAGAGAGAUGGAUGAGAGAAGAAGGGAGGCAACCAUAGGAAUCCAACGCUUUAAUGAAAGGGAUCUUCUCAAGGUGGAGGCAAAGCUUCAGGAGAGACAGCGGAGGGAAAGAGAGGAAGAGGAAAGACAGAGGAGAAUCACUGCUAAGUUGAAAGAAAAGGUGGAUGGUAACGUCAGCAGAGACCCCUCCAGGCUUACCCGUCCCACCAAGGGAUGGGAGGAACGAAUGAAACACAUUGGACCUACAGGUGGAGGGCCUGUCCUACAGAUGUUUCACAGAGCUGUUCCCACUUGGAGACAAGGCCUGUGAUGAGCAUCAAUGGUCAACUGAACAGUCCUGAAACACAUUCAGAAUGUGCCUUUUAAAUCUACUGUUUACUGCUUUACAUAGAAUGUAAUUACAUUACGCAAAACUACUAUUUUAAAUAAAAGUUUAGCCUCUUACUUGCUGCUAGCUUUUAAUCCCAAACUAAGAGGUAUGAUCACACCUACCACAUUGUUUUUUUGUUUGUUUUAGGAUUUAUUUAAGGUCUUAUUGAGCUCUGGAAGUGUUUUAAGUCUACUAAUUACAUUUUGAAUGAAAUCACAUCCUGAUUUAAUUUGUGCUGCCUGUGUUCUUAAUUUCUCGUUUAUUAUUUUUCAUCUUGUCCUUUAUUUAUUUUAUAAACUAUUUUGUUAUUUUAUUGUAUUUUUUCUCUCUGUGAAGC